GCGGCCCAUGGCACCGCCUCUUGUCUGUCUGUAAGACAGCGCCGAGGGCUUAAUCACACAGGAAAAAGAAAACGAAGUUAACGUUUAGCUUGUAGCCUAGCUAUGAAAACCUGCUACAGCAAAACAUAGUGCCCACAGUUAAUUGGAUAUAUAGCUAAUUUAGUAGAGCUGUUAACCACAACUGGAUCAAAUGAUUUGUGAGACUGUGCAGCCAUGGGUGACAUGAAAACCCCAGAUUUUGAUGAUCUUCUGGCAGCCUUUGACAUCCCAGAUGCCACAGGGUUGGAUGCCAAAGAGCCCAUCCAGGGGAGUCAUGAGGACACAGAGAGUCAGCUGAAACACACAGGGAUAUGUCUGGAGGACAGCUUAUUAAGUAACCAAGCUGUCACAACAGCAGAUAUUCCUGCUGUAAGUGUUAUUGUGAAAAACAUAAGUCGCCAGGAGUCGUUGGAAGGUUUUGAACAAGCAUUACAAAAUGGAUUCAAUGGACAAGAGACAUCCAUUGACCCUGUUGAGAUAACCAAUGCUGGCUUUUCCAAAUCAUUUGUAUCUGCUUUAAAUGGGGGGAGUUCAAGAGAGCUCUUUGGAAAGGCACCUAUUCAACACAAACCUGAUGGAACACCAAUAUUUUCCCAGUCACUUUCUCAUUUUAGUCCCAUCUCCAGUCCUGAGUCUGAAGACACUCAGUGUAGUACAGAUGAAAUGUAUCCAAAACAAGAGACACCCUGUUUCCCAGAAGCUUCAGAUUUGGUUAAACUUUCAAUCCCAGAAAAUCCUUGUAGAGAAGAAAGUAGUAGAAGUGAGAAGUCCUCUGACAUCUGUGUCAGUAGUGUAACAGAUAAAACACCUAGAUUACACAGUGCACUUCCCCCACCAAGCGGUAACCAGAACUUUGAGACAAACUGCAAUUUAGGAACCACAAUGGAUGUUCCCACUUCUUAUCCACAUGUCAAAUCUGAUACAUCUAAAUUAUCCUCUUGUCUUGAGGCUUUGGUGGCUCUGAAUGCUAGAAACGAUCCCAGUGAGCAGAUUAAUCCCAGAGAGUCACCAGCGGUUCGAAAUGACUGCAUGAAAGCAAGCCCCAACGUGCCUAUAUCCCCACGAAGCCCCAGAAGUCCACUUGAAGCUGUGAAACGUUUAAUGAAACCCUCUAAUAGUCCUGGAAGCAUUUGCAGUGAUAGUAGUGGCAAAGCAUCCCCCGCAGUGGCAACUGGGUCACCCCCUGCCAUACCCAGGGUUAGAAUUAAAACCAUUAAAACCACAUCUGGGCAGAUCAAGCGAACAGUCACCAGUGUGCUGCCUGAUUCAGAAACAGAAGUUCAUUCUGCAUAUGAAUCAUCUCCAUCGCAGAGUAUGAUUAGUGAAGAUUCUUACUGUAAUAUGUCUCCUCAUCAGUCUCAAAAUGUGUCUGUUGAUAGCAUUGUUGAGGUUCAAACUACAGGCACCCCAGCUACUACAUGUUCACCCAAGGUUUUACGCAACAAAUCAGAGGUUAACUCCAGGAAGUCAGGAACAGUAACGCAGUUCGCAACAGUGUUCCAUAAUACUAGUAGUCCUGUCAAACGAUCUGCUGCACAUCAGAUGCAGAAACCGAAGAAAGGAUCAGCCACAACAGGCCAUACAACUAGCACCAACUUCCUUCCCAAAGCGAUGCACUUAGCUAGUCUGAACCUGGUCCCUCACAGUGUUGCCGCUUCAGUAGCUGCGCGGUCCACCUCUCAUCAACAAAGCCAACACACACUCUCAUCUACGGUGUACAGCACUGUCCCACUGGUGCAUCAGGUCAAAACAGCCAACCCUUAUCCCCGUACGUCAAUUCCCAACACAGCAGCAGGAACCCUAAACAGACUGUUGAACAAUGCCAACCCUGUGCCUACAUAUGUGCCCAACCUGAACCCCCCUCCGGAGAGCAAUAUCAACCUACCACCACGCGGAUACUGCUGCCUUGAGUGUGGGGACUCUUUUGGGGUGGAGAGGAGUCUUUCAUAUCAUUACAGCCGGAGAAGUGUUCACAUUGAAGUGGGAUGCACGCACUGUGCAAAGACGAUUGUGUUCUUCAACAAGUGUGCCUUGUUGGCACAUGCACGGGAGCACAAGAACAAUGGCAUGGUGAUGCAGUGCACGCAGCUCCAUAUGAAACCAAUAGCAGAGGAACAAAUGUUUGUACCCCUGAGUGCUGUGAACGUGGACUCUUACACUUCACCCUUACCUAAAAGCCAACCUGUCCUGCCCCUAUAUCCAGACAAUGCCAAUCGCCACCGACUCUGUUGCCUGGAGUGUAACAAGCAGUUAUCUGACUACAAAGCACUUGCAGGCCAUUACCAGAGGCCGUCGGAUGACGAUGUCGAAGGACUCAUGUGUAAGGUGUGCUCAAUGUUGUUACCCAACAAAUGCAGCUUCAGAGCUCACCAACGCAUUCACGCGCACAAGUCCCCUUACUGCUGUCCUGAGUGUGGUGCCCUGAGUCGUUCUGCAGACAUACAAAAGCAUGUCAAGGAAAACUGUCUGCACUACGCUCGCAAGGCUUGGUACAAAUGUCUUCACUGCGAUAUGGUUUUCAAGACCCUUCAAGGACAAAAGACUCACAUUGAGGAGAAACACUGUCAAGUCUUUUACAGGUGCUCCAUCUGUCCAGUUGCCUUCAAGACUUCUGACAGCUGUGAAGGGCAUUUAAAAAACAAACACAGUGCAAGCAAAAUAUCCCCUCUGUUAAUAUUUAAGUGUUCGUGUGAGACAGUUUUCAAGAAAAAGCAGUUACUGUUUCAGCAUUUCCAUCAGAAUGCCAACAAGCGUGUUACGUGUGUCUUCAAGUGUCCAGAAUGCAACUCUGUCUUUUCACAAAAGAAGCUGUUAAUGCAGCACUUCAAGGGUGUUCAUGUAGGAAACACGACAGCAGAGACUGAGGAGAAAAGUAAACAAACCGAAAAUCCUGACUGGAACCAGGAUGUUCAUUCUGUCCAACAACAGAUGAGUCAAAGCCCUGUUAAACACACAGAUAGUCCCAGGAAAAAGGCUGAGCAGGACAAAAGACCUUGUGUGAAGCCCACCGGCUGGACGUGUGGGGAGUGUCUCCAGUGGUUCCCUGAACGAGACUCCUAUGUUUCUCACGUGAAGACCAACCACGGAAGGUCAGUGAAGAAGUAUCCAUGUCAACAUUGUGAGCAGUCUUUCAACUCUACAAACAGUCUGAGAAGACAUCUUCGCAAUGACCACGAUGGAAAAAAGAAAAUUUACACUUGCUGGUAUUGCACAGAUACAAAGACAAUAUUCACAACGAGUGUGAUGUUGAAGAACCACAUCAGUCUAAUGCAUGGAAUAAAAAAUCCUGAUCUUGGCCAAAUGUCAAAAACAGCGAUCCAGGAAUCAAAAAAGGCUUUGGGCAAGGGGCAUGUAUCAGAAAGACCUGCGGUGGACACACAGGAGGAGGGCCAGAAUUGCACUUUUAGUCUUGAGUCUCCUCCAGCGAAACGUCUGAAAACUCAGUUCCGCUGUUCAAAAUGCGGUUUCGUCACCGAGGACAGUGCACAGUUCCAGCAGCAUAUACCACAGCAUAAAACUGAUGAAAACACUCCUCAGUGCCUUCACUGUGGCUUGUGUUUCACAUCUGUGCUGUCUCUCAACAGACAUCUUUUCAUUGUACACAAAGUCAAAGAUCCCGAGGAAGGCGAUAAAGAAGGAGCGGAGGACGGGGCUGACGUGAGGGAGAAUGAGCAGGUUAAUCACCCAGUUAGAUCGGCAGAUACCGAUGAGGUCAAUGACUUGUUACCAGAGCUAAAUGAACCUGAGCCCCAUCAGGCUGGAGAGCCAGCAAGUCGGCACUGUGGCAAGACCUCAGACUGUAAUUUAAAACUGAGCACUCCCUCUCAGACACAAGCAGUCUCUCUCCGGUAGUGACACCUCUUUAAAGCUGCUUUAAUAUCUUCAGUUUUCAUGUGAAAGUAACAGGGGGGUGCUUGAUGUUCUGCCUGGAAAUGUUUGGGCCUUUAAUUUUUUUUUUUUUUUUUUUUUUCUCUCAAGUUAUUCAGAGGCCGUGCAGUAUAUUCAAGCAGAUCCUUAACAUUUAAUGAAUACCAGUAUUUUUCAUAAAUGAAAGGACACAUAAAUAUUCAUUUUUCAGUUAUUUUUAUUUACCUUUGCAUGCUAAUAUAUUCAUCUUGCCUUUUAGAUAUACUGUAACUGCACACCUAUUACAGCUGAAGCUUUUUCUUUUUUUUUUUUUUUACCCAAAAUGUUCCAUCCGCCCUGACAAGAGACUCAGGAAUGUCUUUUAGUGUUUAGGUCUGGUGUUCAUUGAUGUAACAGUGAAGAGGUGGCUUUUUGUCUUUAAAGUCAACGUUUUUUUUCUUCCUUUUUUUAUUGCUUGAAUUUUGUAUUUAAUGCUACACACUAUUACCUGAAUAUGUUUCAGGUUGCCGUUUUUAUGACAUUACUGUGUUGCAAUUUAUUUGCAGUACAAUGCUAGAGUUUUAGUUGCCAUUUAUUUCAAAACAUACUUUAUAGUUUGGUAUUCAUUUAAAGACGUAUUUCUGCAUUCUUGGUGAACAGUUAUUCAUAAAACUAUCCUGUGAGAUUAAAUACAGGUGAGUUUCCUUGCUAAGCAAAGUCUACCAAAGUUAGGCUACACAUAAGAUUUGAGACUUUCUUUUUACUAUUUAAGCAUUCUGAAAUGCUUUUGUCUCCGUUUAUUGGAUGGGUUUGAUUUGUGGGUGCUUGUUCUCCCAGAUCUGGCCUUUUUUUUUUUUUUUUUUUUUUU